AUGCCGUCCUCUUUCGAUCAGUGGCAGCAUCAGGCUGUCUCUGCCAUCUUCAAUGUUACACUUGAUCGCCAAGAAGCAGAGGCAAGUGGCUGGGAAAAGACGUACCUCAAAGUACUCGCCGACGAACUCUCCUCAGGCUCGUCUGCUCCACCACCACUCACCGCCUCAAUCGCAGAUCAGAUUCUCAUCGCACGUCUCUCUCUCGACCCCGAAGGCGAUAUCAUGAGCGAUGAUGCCGAGCACAUCACCAUCCUCGCUAGUCUACCAAAGGGCCAAACAUCCUGGGAUUACCUCAUCGCUUGUUGGAAAAAGGCGCGGGUCGAGGAGAGUCGUGUGCGCAAGGCGCUCCCCGCCACAGAUCAGGCGCAGGCGACGGCUGUCUUGCAAGAGAUCCGUGCGCUCCUCAUCUCGUACGCCGGACUGGUCCUUCAGACACCGGACAUGUUUCCCAACGCCGCCAAGCCCAACGGCACACGGCUUUCGCCCCUGGUUCUCGUUGACAGUCUUACCCGCGUCUCGUCUUCUGUCUCGAGUUUCGGCUUCUCCAGCUCAGAAGCUUCGUCCUCGCAUACCACCGUGGACCUCACCACAAAGUUUGAGACGAUCGACGGCGAUGAUCUGCCGGUCUUCCUCAACGAGCUUGCCGCUCGAUUCGGCAACGACGAAGGCCUCGACGAGAUUCUCGGACCCGCAUUUACAGAACUUACAAGGAGGAUUCGUGACGGCGAUCGAGGCUCCGAUGCUGCUGCUGCUACGGCUUCGUCAUCGUCUUCGGCACCCCAAGGAGCGGCUUCGGGCUCCGGCUCGGCAUCUGGAGCUGGGGGUGUCAACCCAGCUGCCCUCAACCAGGCUCUUGCCAACCAAGAUGUUCAGUCGGUCAUUGCGCAGUUGCUGGCGGGCCGAAUGCCAGGCGCGCAGCAAGGCGCCAGCAGUCCGCUCGCUCCCAACGCCAAACCCAGCGAAGGCCUCACCAUUGCCGGCCUAGAAUGGAGACCCUACGUCAACGCCAUCGUCGAAGCCGUCGAGAUCAAGCCCAUCGCCAACAUGCUCGCCCAUCUCUCCAACUUUGACCCUGCCAACACCACUGGCUCUCGCAUCGAGCUUGACUCGCUCUUUGGGCCCGUGUUGCGCCUCUCAGCCUUUCCUGACGCCUAUCCCAGCAUCACAAAGCACUAUUUCCCAAAUGCAUCGACACAGAACCAGCAAGAGGCGGACAGCAAUUUUCGCAGCAUCCAGAGCACCAUGGAGAUUGUGCACACGCUCAACUUCCGCAUCUUCAAUGCUAUGGUGCGCUCCAGUCCGCAGGCGCGCGAAAAGGUGCUAGCUUACUGGGCUAGAGCCUGCGCCUUGAACGCUAAGCGAGGCGCCAUGCAAGUGCGACAGGAGCUCGUAGCAAGCGACGGGUACAUGGUCAAUCUAUACGAGAUGCUGCUGCGGUUCGCCGAACCCUUCAUGGACGCAGGCUUCACCAAGAUCGACCGCAUCGAUCUUGAGUACUUGCGCAAGCAGACGCGCUUCGACAUUCAGGAUCUCACUCGCAUCAAUGCUACCGAGGCCGAAGCCAAGGAGUGGACGCAACAGGGUCAGGCUGAGCCAACAGGUGCGCCGGCCAAUUUCAUUACAGAGGUCUUCUACAUUGCCGUCAGACUCAACAAUCUGGGUCUCGGAAAAGCAGUACGCCGCAUCGACGAAAAGGAAAAGGAGAUGGGUCGAUUCAAGAAGCGCAUCACAGAGACCGAGGCGGAUCGCGCAAUGUGGUCCGCAUUGCCGCAAGCCGCACAGUACGAAAACUUCCUCAAGCGUGCCAAAGCCGAGGUGGAGCGUCUGCACGGCGAGAUCUAUGCAGCGCAGAGCCAGCUCAUGGCGCCUGACUUUUUGCAAAAGGUGAUCACCUUCAACUGCUUUCUCAUGACGUGGCUCAUCCGCGUUGCCGAGCCGCAAUCCAAGCACCCGCACCCGCAGGCGACGUUGCCGCUGCCGCAAGAGGUGCCGACGCGAUUCCGAAUGCUGCCCGAACACAUGUUUGAGGACAUCUGCGAUGUGAUGCUCUUCAUCUCGCGGGUGAGUGCGCCGCUGUCCGAGUCGGCCAAGAACGACCUGGUGACGUUCUGCACCACGUUCCUCAGCUCGGGUUGGUACAUCAAGAAUCCAUUCCUCAAGGCCAAGCUAGCCGAGAUUCUGUUCUACAAUGUGAUUCCGUGGGGACGUCACCCCAACGGCGUGCUGAGCGACACGCUCAACAUCCACGCACUGGCGCUACAGCAUCUGGUGCCUGCGCUCAUGAACUUCUGGAUUGAGGCCGAGAACACGGGCAGUCACACGCAGUUCUACGACAAGUUCAACAUGCGUUACCAUCUGUCGCAGAUUUUCAAAUCGAUCUGGAGCAAUCCGAAGCACCGCGAGCAGAUCCACCGUCAGGCGCAGGCAAGCGAGUCGGAUUUCGUUGUAUUCAUCAACAGGCUCAUGAACGAUGUCACCUACCUGCUCGAUGAUGCGUUGGACAAACUGCAGGAGCUGCACACCAAGCAGUCCGAGUCCGAGCAGCAGACGCCAGACAGCGGCUCGUCGUCUGCGCAAGAGCAGCAGGAGCGCGAGGGACACAUUCGCCAACUGGAACAGACAAUCAAGUCGGACCUGCAGCUGGGCACCGAGUUCAUGCGGCUGCUGAUCGACUUCACCGCCGAGACGGCCGACGCAUUCAUGACGCCCGAAGUGGUCGACCGUUUGGCGGCGAUGCUCGACUACAACCUUGAUCUCAUGGCAGGACCCAAAUGCCAAAACCUCAAGGUGAAGCAUCCGGAGAAAGUGAGCUUCGAACCGCGCACGCUGCUGCGUAUGAUCAUGUCGGUUUACCUCAAUCUGUGCAGCAAAGGCGAGUUUGUUGCCGCCAUCGCACGCGACGGACGCAGCUACUCGAAAUCUGUAUUCGAAAAAGCGGGCUUGCUGGCGGAACGGUACAUGCUCAAGAGCCCCCCCGAACUGGAGGCGUGGGCGGCGAUGAUCGCGCAAGUGGAGGAGAAGCGGCAGAUGGAGCUCGACGAGGAGGAGGACCUGGGCGAGGUGCCGGACGAGUAUCUGGACCCGCUCAUGGCGACGGUGAUGAAGGACCCGGUGUUGCUGCCGCGCUCCAAGACGGUCGUGGACAGGUCGACGAUCAAGGCGCAUCUGUUGAGUGAUUCGACAGAUCCAUUCAACAGGUCGCCGUUGAAGAUUGAGGAUGUUGUGCCGGAUACAGAGUUGAAGGCGAAGAUUGAGGCAUUCAUCAAGGAGAGGAGGAGGGCCCCCAAGGAGUAG